UUUCUGCCAGCGCGCAUAACGGUUGUUGCAGACUACGUCGCAUAGUCGCCGUCAUUUUCGUCGUCGCUCGUCGUUCGUCGCUUUCGGUUGCUUGCUGCGGCGCGUGUUUCGAAACACCAGGCCAGCCAGAAGCCAGACGAGGAAGAAGUCUAGAGAAGCAAAUGGUUAAUAAAAGAAACAACAUUAAAAGCAGGCGCAAGAGAAAGUCAACAUGAAUUAAGAAAAGCGCCAGAAUAUUCAAAAACAAUUGAACUUUAAUCAAACAAAACAAAAAGAAACCAAAAACAACAGUCAGAAGCAGGCGAAAAGAAUCGACGAAAUCGAAGAAAAGCAGCCGAAAGAGAGAGAGAGCCGAAAAUGAAGAGAGACCAGCGGCGAUCUUCAGCGUCGUCGCUGCGUCGCCGUCGCCGUCGGUGCGUCAACGAAGCAGGAACACGAAUGUGGCUCAAAAUGUCGCUGUCGCAGCCGCUGGAAUCGUCGCUGCUUUUGCUGGCAGCGCUGCUGCUGCUUCUCAACGCGGACAGCUGCUCAUGUUACGCGGAUGCCAAUCCGCAGCAGCAACAGCAGCUGGUCCAGGUCCAGGUCCAGCAGCAGCAGCAGCAGCAGCAACAACAACUUCAGGCGCCACGUUUCACCACGCACCCAUCGUCAUCGGGGUCGAUUGUGAGCGAGGGCAGCACCAAGAUCCUGCAAUGCCAUGCUUUGGGUUAUCCACAGCCGACAUAUCGCUGGCUGAAGGACGGCAAGCCCGUGGGCGAGUUCUCGUCGAGUCAGUUCUAUCGUUUCCACAGCACACGGCGGGAGGAUGCUGGCAGCUAUCAGUGCAUUGCCAAGAACGAUGCCGGAUCCAUAUUCAGCGAGAAGAGCGACGUUGUAGUGGCCUACAUGGGCAUCUUUGAGAACAUCACCGAGGGACGCCUAACUGUUGUGAGCGGACACCCGGCCAUUUUCGAUAUGCCAGCGAUUGAGUCGGUGCCAACGCCUUCGGUGUUGUGGCAGUCGGCGGACGGGUCUCUCAACUACGACAUCAAGUACGCCUUCACGCAGGCCAAUCAGCUGAUCAUACUGAGCGUGGACGAGAACGAUCGGAAGGGCUAUCGGGCGCGAGCGAUCAACACGCAGCUGGGCAAGGAGGAGAUCAGCGCAUUCGUUUAUCUCAAUGUCAGCGGGGAUCCGUAUAUCGAGGUGGCGCCCGAGAUUAUUGUACGGCCGCAGGAUGUCAAGGUCAAGACCGGCACGGGCGUCCUCGAGCUGCAGUGCAUCGCCAAUGCCCGGCCACUGCACGAACUGGAGACGAUCUGGCUGAAGGACGGCCUGGCCGUGGACACGGCCGGCGUACGGCACACCCUCAACGAUCCCUGGAACCGCACCCUGGCCCUGCUGCAGGCCAACAGCUCCCACUCCGGCGAGUACACCUGCCGGGUGCGCCUGCGCAGUGGCGGCUAUCCCACGGUCACGGCCUCGGCUCGCGUCCAAAUCCUCGAGCCGCCCGUCUUCUUCACGCCCAUGCGAGCGGAGACUUUUGGCGAAUUUGGUGGACAGCUGCAGCUGCCCUGCGAUGUGGUGGGCGAGCCCACGCCCCAAGUGCAGUGGUUCCGGAAUGCCGAGUCUGUCGAUGCGAAUGUGCAGAGUGGAAGAUACUCCCUGGGCGAGGAUAAUACGUUGAUAAUUAAGAAACUAAUCCUGGAUGAUGCUGCCAUGUUUCAGUGCCUGGCCAAAAACGAAGCCGGCGAGAACUCAGCCAGCACCUGGCUGCGCGUCAAAACAGAAGCAGCCAACAGCCGCAUCAAGCGCUUGGCCCAGCCACGAAUCUUAAGAGUAAGAGCUUCGCAUGGUGGUGCGGGAACGGUCGCGGGAACGGUCACGGGAUCGGGAACGGGAACGGGAUCAGGAACUGGUUCCUCCACCUCCCUCAACUCCCAUCAACAGGGUAGACGCAAGCAGUUUCGCUUCGCCUCAGCACCGGUCUUUGAGCAGCCGCCCCAGAAUGUGACCGCCUUGGAUGGGAAGGAUGCGACCAUUUCAUGCCGUGCCAUUGGCUCGCCCAAUCCGAAUGUCACGUGGAUCUACAACGAAACCCAACUGGUGGAGAUAUCCAGUCGCGUUCAGAUACUCGAAUCGGGUGAUUUACUCAUCUCGAACAUCCGAGCCACGGACGCGGGCCUCUACAUCUGUGUGCGGGCCAACGAGGCAGGCAGCGUCAAGGGUGAGGCCUUGCUGAGCGUGUUAGUGCGGACACAAAUCAUACAGCCGCCAGUGGACACCAUCGUGCUGCUGGGCCUGACCGCGACACUGCAGUGCAAGGUGUCCAGCGACCCGAGUGUGCCGUACAACAUCGACUGGUACCGUGAGGGCCAAAUGGCGCCCAUCAGCAACUCGCAGCGAAUCGGCGUGCAGGCGGACGGCCAGUUGGAGAUCCAGGCGGUGCGGGCCAGCGACGUCGGCAGCUACUCGUGCGUGGUGACGUCGCCGGGCGGCAAUGAGACGAGGGCCGCGCGGCUCAGUGUCAUCGAGCUGCCCUUUCCGCCCAGCAAUGUGCGGGUGGAGCGUCUGCCGGAGCCACAGCAGCGCAGCAUCAAUGUAUCCUGGACACCCGGAUUCGAUGGCAACAGUCCAAUCUCCAAAUUUAUUAUCCAGCGACGUGAGGUCUCCGAAUUGGGUCCAGUUCCAGAUCCUCUGCUCAAUUGGAUCACCGAACUGAGCAACGUGUCGGCCAACCAGCGCUGGAUGCUGCUGGAGAACCUCAAGGCGGCCACCGUCUACCAGUUCCGCGUGAGUGCCGUUAAUCGCGUCGGCGAGGGCUCCCCCUCGGAGCCCAGCAAUGUCGUUGAGCUGCCCCAAGAAGCUCCAUCGGGUCCGCCUGUGGGCUUUGUCGGCUCGGCUCGGUCCAUGUCCGAGAUCAUUACACAGUGGCAGCCGCCGCAGGAGGAGCAUCGCAAUGGCCAGAUCCUGGGCUACAUUCUGCGCUAUCGACUCUUUGGGUACAACAAUGUGCCGUGGAGCUAUCAGAACAUCACCAACGAGGCGCAGCGCAACUUUCUCAUCCAGGAAUUGAUCACGUGGAAGGACUACAUCGUGCAGAUUGCGGCCUUCAACAACAUGGGCGUGGGCGUCUACACCGAGGGUGCCAAAAUCAAGACCAAGGAGGGUGUGCCCGAGGCACCGCCCACCAACGUCAAGGUGACGGCGCUCAACUCGACGGCGGCGCAGAUCACGUGGAAGCCGCCGAACCCGCAGCAGAUUAACGGCAUCAACCAGGGCUACAAGAUACAGGCGUGGCAGCGACGGCAUGUCGAUGGGGAGGAGCGGGACAUUGAGCGGCGCAUGAUGACGGUGCCGCCCAGCCUGAUCGAUCCGCUGGCCGAGCAGUCGACGGUGCUGGGUGGCCUGGACAAGUUUGCCAAGUUCAAUGUGACCGUGCUGUGCUUCACGGAUCCCGGCGAUGGUGUGGCCAGCCAGAUGGUGCCGGUGGAGACGCUGGACGAUGUGCCGGACGAGAUAACGGCCCUGCACUUUGACGAUGUUUCCGAUCGAUCCGUGAAGGUGCUGUGGGCACCGCCGCGCUUUGCCAAUGGCAUCCUCACCGGCUACACGGUGCGCUACCAGGUCAAGGAUCAUCCCGAGACUAUGAAGUCCUUCAACCUGAGCGCCGAGGACAACGAACUGACGGUCAAUCAGCUGCAGGCGACGACCCACUACUGGUUCGAGGUGUGCGCCUGGACACGGGUGGGCAGUGGGCCACCCAAGACGGCGACAAUUCAGUCGGGAGUGGAGCCUGUGCUGCCGCAUGCACCCACCACGCUGGCCCUGUCCAACAUUGAGGCCUUCUCGGUGGUGCUGCAGUUCACGCCCGGCUUCGAUGGCAACUCGAGCAUCACCAAGUGGAAGGUGGAGGCCCAGACGGCGCGCAACAUGACUUGGUUCACGCUCUGCGAGAUCAGCGAUCCAGAUGCGGAGACGCUCACCGUCACCGGCCUGAUGCCAUUUACGCAGUAUCGACUGCGGUUGAGUGCCACCAAUGUGGUGGGCAGCUCACGGCCCUCGGAGCCCACCAAGGACUUCCAGACGAUCCAGGCCAAGCCGAUGCACGCACCCUUCAAUGUGACAGUGCGCGCCAUGAGUGCCCUGCAGCUGCGCGUGCGCUGGAUACCCCUACAGCAGAUGGAAUGGUUCGGCAAUCCGCGAGGCUAUAACGUCACCUACCGCCAAAUGGAGCGCACCGGCAAGCCAUCGAAGCAUCCGCCCCGCUCUGUAAUGAUUGAAGAUCACACGGCCAACUCGCACGUGCUCGAGGGCCUCGAGGAGUGGACGCUCUACGAGGUGAUCAUGAAUGCCUGCAACGAUGUGGGCUGCUCCCUGGACAGCGGCCUGGCCAUGGAGCGCACCCGGGAGGCAGUGCCCAGCUACGGACCGCUGCAUGUGGAGGCUAAUGCCACAUCCUCGACGACGGUGGUGGUGCGCUGGGGCGAGAUACCGCCGCACCAUCGCAACGGACAGAUCGAUGGCUACAAGGUGUACUACGCGGCCACGGAGCGCGGCAUGCAGGUGCUGUACAAGACGAUACCGAACAACAGCUCCUUCACCACCACCCUCACCGAGCUGCAGAAGUUUGUGGUGUACCACGUCCAGGUGCUGGCCUACACGCGACUCGGCAAUGGAGCCCUCAGCACCCCACCCAUUCGUGUGCAGACGUUCGAGGAUACGCCCGGUUCGCCAUCGAAUGUGAGCUUCCCGGAUGUCACCUUCUCGAUGGCGCGCAUCAUCUGGGAUGUGCCCAUGGACCCGAAUGGCGAGAUCCUGGCCUACCAGGUCACCUACACACUGAAUGGCAGCGCCAAUCUGAACUACAGCCGCGAGUUUCCGCCCUCGGAUCGCACCUUCCGGGCCACCGGACUGAUGCCCGAGCGCUACUACAGCUUCAGUGUGACGGCGCAGACACGCCUCGGCUGGGGCAAGACGGCCUCGGUUCUGGUUUACACCACGAACAACAGGGACCGUCCGCAGGCACCGUCCGGGCCGCAGGUGUCGCGCAGUCAGAUCCAGGCCCACCAAAUCACCUUCAACUGGACACCCGGCCGCGAUGGCUUCGCUCCGCUGCGCUACUACACCGUGGAGAUGCGAGAGAACGAGGGACGCUGGCAGCCACUGCCCGAGCGCGUCGAUCCCACACUCAGCUCGUACACUGCGCUCGGCCUGCGUCCGUACACCACGUACCAGUUCCGCAUUCAGGCCACCAACGAUCUGGGCCCAUCGGCAUUCAGCCGCGAGAGCAUUGUGGUGCGCACCCUGCCCGCUGCCCCUGCCGUCGGUGUGGGCGGACUGAAGGUGGUGCCCAUUACGACCACCUCGGUGCGGGUGCAGUGGGGAGCCCUGGAGACGGGCAUGUGGAACGGAGAUGCAGCCACCGGCGGGUAUCGCAUACUGUACCAGCAGCUGUCGGACUUUGCACCGGCCCUGCAGUCCACACCCAAGACGGACGUCAUGGGCAUCAAUGAGAACAGCGUGGUGCUGUCGGAUCUGCAGCAGGAUCGCAACUACGAGAUUGUGGUGUUGCCAUUUAACUCGCAGGGACCGGGCCCGGCCACACCGCCGACUGCCGUGUACGUGGGCGAGGCGGUGCCUACGGGAGAGCCGCGUGGGGUGGAUGCCACAGCCAUAUCGAGCACGGAGGUGCGACUGCGCUGGAAGCCACCGAAGCAGAGCAGCCAGAACGGAGAGAUUCUCGGCUACAAAAUCUUCUAUUUGGUCACUUGGUCGCCGCAGCCUUUGGAGCCGGGCCGCAAAUUCGAGGAGGAGAUCGAGGUGGUCUCGGCCACAGCCACGUCGCACAGCCUGGUCUUCCUCGACAAAUUCACCGAGUAUCGCAUUCAGUUGUUGGCCUUCAACCCAGCCGGAGAUGGCCCCAGAUCAGCACCUGUCACUGUCAAGACGAUGCCGGGCGUGCCCAGUGCCCCGCUCAAUCUGCGCUUCUCGGACAUUACCAUGCAGAGCCUGGAGGUGACUUGGGAUCCGCCCAAGCUGCUCAACGGCGAGAUUGUUGGAUAUCUGGUGACCUACGAGACAACCGAGGAGAAUGAAAAAUUCAGCAAGCAGGUGAAGCAAAAGGUGUCCAAUACGACGCUUCGUGUGCAGAAUCUAGAGGAGGAGGUAACCUACACCUUCACCGUGCGCGCUCAAACGAAUGACUAUGGACCGGCGGUGAGUGCGAAUGUGACCACCGGUCCCCAGGAUGGCUCCCCAGUGGCGCCACGCGAUCUCACACUCACCAAGACACUGUCCAGCGUGGAGAUACAUUGGGUGAAUGGACCCUCGGGUCGUGGACCCAUAUUGGGCUAUCUCAUCGAGGCCAAGAAGCGAGACGACUCCCGCUGGACUAAGAUUGAGCAGUCCAGAAAGGGAACCAUGAAGGAGUUUACCGUCAGCUACCACAUCCUGAUGCCAUCGACAGCGUAUUUGUUCCGGGUAAUUGCUUACAAUAAGUAUGGAAUCUCGUUCCCUGUUUACUCGAAGGACUCGAUACUGACACCCUCGAAGCUGCAUCUGGAGUACGGCUAUCUGCAGCACAAGCCGUUCUAUAGGCAGACAUGGUUCAUGGUCUCCCUCGCGGCCACCUCGAUCGUCAUCAUUGUCAUGGUCAUUGCGGUGCUCUGUGUGAAGAGCAAGAGCUACAAGUACAAGCAGGAGGCACAAAAGACGCUGGAGGAAUCGAUGGCCAUGUCGAUUGAUGAGCGCCAAGAGCUGGCCUUGGAGCUGUAUCGCUCGCGUCACGGCGUCGGCACUGGGACAUUGAACAGCGUUGGAACUCUGCGCAGCGGAACCCUGGGAACCCUCGGACGUAAGUCUACCAAUCGACACCAGCCGGUGAGUGUGCAUUUGGGUAAGAGUCCACCAAGACCCUCGCCAGCAUCGGUGGCGUACCACAGCGACGAGGAGAGCCUGAAGUGCUACGACGAGAAUCCGGACGAUAGCAGUGUUACGGAAAAGCCAUCCGAGGUGAGCAGCUCGGAGGCAUCCCAGCACUCGGAGAGCGAGAACGAGAGCGUGCGCAGCGAUCCGCACUCGUUCGUCAAUCACUAUGCGAACGUGAACGACUCGCUGCGGCAGUCCUGGAAGAAGACCAAGCCGGUGCGCAACUACUCCAGCUACACAGACUCCGAGCCGGAGGGCAGUGCAGUGAUGAGCCUCAAUGGUGGCCAGAUUAUUGUCAAUAAUAUGGCCAGAUCGAGGGCACCACUGCCCGGCUUCUCGUCAUUUGUCUGACAAUCAACCGAAUUCUAAGAUCUAUGCCGUGGUAGCAGCAGCACCGUCAUCCGGGAGACUUUUGUCUGAACAUUGGAAAUUGGAUAGUGGAAAACGCAAAAGAAAAAUGGAAAACGGACGCUGAAGCCAAACCGCAGCUGGAGUUGCAGCGGGAGGAGUUCUAAGGAGCUUGGACACGGAGCUGGCAAUCGGACGAUCGUCCGCCUGCCUGCAGCUACUGUCUUGCUCUCCGGCUCUCGCUGGUUCUUUGGCCAUGCGGCGCGGCGCUGCUACAUGGGUAUCUAAAGUUAUCUAUCUGUAUGUCCUUAGUUCUAGUAUUUAGUUAAGAGAGAUCUGAGAUUUACCAGCAUUUAGUUUUAAAGUGUGUUUGUUCGUUCGUUCGUUCGUUCCUUCGUGUGUAUCCCUUAUGUCCCCAAGCAUGACUACUCCACUCUACUCGCUCUUUAAGUUAUUAUUUUGUUCGUGUUUGUGUGUUGUAUUUAUUCUGUUUGUGUGUCCGUUGCCACGUCGCCACCUGGCACUAGCCAAACGCAACUCUUGGCAUUUAUCGAAGGCGCAGGUCCUGUGAUAAAGCGACUCUCGCCCGAUUCAAUAUAUUUUUUUUUUAAAUGAUUUUCAUGUGUGUGUUCAGCACGUGGCACGGCGCACCUGUGUGUGGCUGAAUGAUCGAUCUGCUCCCAAUCUCAUUAUGUUUAAACAAAAAUCAGCAAAUCGACGAACCCUCGCUCGAGGGUAAACGUUUCUUUUUUUUUUUUUUAAUUCUCUUUUUCGAAAGGAAUAGCUAGAGAAGUUUUUGUUUUUAGAAGAAGACGGUCACCGAUGCAAUCGGUCGGCCAAUGCAAAUGGGGGUAAAGUUAUAGCAAAACUUGACGAGAAGGGGAAUGGCAAUGCGCAUGAGAAACAGGACGAAGGCAAAGGAUAACAAAAAAAUAUGCAUACGACAACAUACAAAAAUCAUUUCGUGUAAGAAAAUAUAGAAAUAUAUAUGUAUUUUUUUUUUGGGAGCGAAAGCAAGGGAAGAUGAAAAGAUUUUAUGUGCGGCAUGGAUGGCGCAGCAAAAGGUGGCAGUUGGCCGGUGGCAGCUCCUCCGAUAGGUUUAUAGGUACUUACAUAUAAUAUAUAUAUGUGUAUGUGUGUGUAUUCAUAUAGAUAUAUAGGCCAUAUUAAUGCAAUUUUCUUAAAAAAUAAGCGACAAACUGCAACCCACACAAAACAAAGCAAAUCAAACACAAAGAGCGAAAGCGAAAACGAAAUCGAAAACGAGACACGGAAGUAAAAGGACUCGCAGCAGAAGCAGAAUUAUUUCUGAACGAUAGUUCGAGAUCAGACAUAGAUAGCACUAAGUUACAGUACAGAAAUAUAUACAAACAAUAUUGUAUACUAGCGGGUAAGAGAUGAUUUUUUUUUCCAGCUUAGUUUGGGGCGCAAACGAAGCUUGGGCAAAGCAAAACUCUAGGGUAAAACUCUUGAAAUGUUCGAUUCCGAUCGUAAAUUGUAAUUGUAAUUGUAAUUGUAAUUGUAAUUGUAUUUGUAAUUGCGCUAAGCAACAAACAGUUCAUAUCUAAUCGUAUGUGUGUGUGUGUGUGAAUAUAUGAAUAUAUUAUAGCGGCACGGAUAGGCCUGGGGGUAUUGUAUAUCUAUAUGUAUAUUUAUAUUUAUAUUUAUAUUUAUAUUUAUAUUUACAUUUACAUUUACUAUAUUGUAUUUAUGUGUACGUACGUAUAUCUACAUACAACUUAAAUGACUGAUUAUAUAUUUUCCCUCGAUUAAUUGUACACUUACUUGUAUCUCCUCUUUUUGUACUACUAGCCUAUGCAUUAACUAAGUUUAGACAACAACUUUGGCGCAUUUGUCGCAUCAAGUGUGUGAUGUGAGAUGUCAGAUCAAAGGUUUUUCCAUGCUGAAAACGAUUUUUUGAAUGUUAAUCCUUACUUCAAAGACUCGGUGCACAAGUUCAUCUCUAGUUAAGUAAAUGUAAUUGUAAUUGUUGAUUGAUGUAUUGAUUGGACCGAUGCUGGAUGCCUGCGCCCCCACCCCGCACGCCGAUCAGUGCGGGGUGGAGUGAAGUGGAGCAGCGGUGAUGGUGAUGGUGGGAGCUCCAGACACGGGCUGGGCUGGACUCCCGGAUUAGUUGAAAUCGUCGUGCAGCAAGCGCAAAGUAUUAGAAUAUUUAUAACGAUACCAUAUAAAUGUGUAAAUGUACUUGAUGAAACUUACGAAUAACGACUCAAUAAAUGAAAGUGAAAUUAACCAGA